UCGACUCCUCCACAUCCGCCUUGCUCCGCCGCCGUGAGGCGCUGGGGGAGCGGCUCCCCGCCGGUAAUAAGCCUCUUGCAGGAGCCGGGGUGCAGGACUUGCUGCCGCCAUGAACCCCGGCGCCGGCGGGGGGGCGGCGCCGGCCUUCCCUGGCCCCGUGCAGUUUCCUGGUGGCACCACUGUGCUGGUGGAGCUCACCCCUGACAUCCACAUCUGUGGCAUCUGCAAACAGCAGUUCAAUAAUCUCGAUGCCUUCGUUGGGCAUAAGCAAAGUGGUUGUCAGCUCACUAGUGCGGCGGCCGGGGCCACUAGCACGGUCCAGUUUGUGUCAGAAGAAACAGUGCCAUCAACACAGGCACAGACCACAACCAGGACAAUCGCUUCGGAGACCCAAACCAUAACAGUUUCUGCACCAGAGUUUGUUUUUGAGCAUGGCUAUCAAACGUACCUGCCUAGUGAGAGCAGUGAGCCUCCAACUGCUGCUAUUGUCACUACGCCACCAAAACCACGAUCAAAAAAAUCCACUUCCUCACAUACACAGAAGAAAUUAAACUGCUGCUAUCCAGGUUGCCAGUUCAAGACUUCCUAUGGUAUGAAGGAUAUGGAACGUCAUCUACGAACACACACAGGAGACAAGCCCCAUAAAUGUGACGUUUGUAAUAAGUGUUUCAGUCGUAAAGAUAAGCUGAAGAUGCACAUGCGUUCUCAUACUGGGCUGAAGCCUUACAAAUGUAAACACUGUGACUAUGCAGCCACUGACAGCAGCAGCCUCAACAAGCACCAGCGCAUUCACUCCAAUGAGCGUCCUUUUAAAUGCCAGAUCUGUCCGUAUGCAAGCCGCAACUCCAGCCAGCUAACUGUACAUCUCAGAUCCCACACAGGAGAUGCUCCCUUCCAGUGUCAGAUGUGUCCUGCUAAAUUUAAAAUCAACUCAGACUUGAAGAGGCAUAUGCGUGUGCAUUCUGGUGAGAAACCUUACAAGUGUGAGUUCUGCGAUGUCAGGUGUGCCAUGAAAGGAAACUUGAAAUCACACAUUCGUAUCAAACACAGCAUGGAAAAUACUCUCAAGUGUCCAGAGUGUGAAUUUCAGUGUGGAAACAAAACAAGCCUUCGGCAUCACAUAAGAACGCAUCAGCCUGAACAACCAGUGAAGUGCUCAGAGUGCAACUACUCUUGCUCCAACAAGGCAGCUCUGAAAGUGCAUGAGCGUAUUCACUGCAAAGAUCGUCCUUUCAAGUGUGAAUUCUGCAGCUUUGAUACCAAGCAGCGGAGCAACCUGACAACUCAUGUUAGGAAAGCUCAUGGUGACAAAGUCAAGACCAAGAAGCAAACUGUGGAGAAGAAGGAAGGAGAUAGGCCAAAGCAAGGUGGAUCCAGGCAAGUUGCCAAAUUGGAUGCCAAGAAAGCAUUUAAGUGUGACUUGUGCGAUGCUUCCUUUGUCCGAGAAGAUUCUCUUCGGAGUCAUAAGAAGCAGCACAAUAUGUAUAAUGGAUCUAAAAAUAAUGAACUGGCUGUUCUACAGCUCCAGAUGGAUCCUAGUCGGCAGACCAGCGCCCCAAUUACUGUCAGUCAUCUCCAGGUCCCGCUUCAGGCUGCUCAGGUUUCUCCAUACAGUGAGGGAAGGGUCAAGAUCAUUGUGGGACACCAGGUACCUCAGACUAACAGUAUCGUCCAGGCUGCAUCAGUGAAUGUUGUGCCUCCUACGUUAGUUGGCCAGACUCAGGAAGACCUCUCAGCCAACAGUCGCUUGCAGCUUUUGGGCCAAGUCAGUUUGUUGGCACCACCUCCACCUCCUAUAUCUCAAAGUGAAGCUGGGCCUGUGGCACAACCAACAGUUCUUCUCACAACCCAUGACCAAAGCGAUGGAAGUGCUUUACAUCAAACUCUGAUUCCUGCUGCUCCUGUCAACAGUCAUGAGGCUUCAGCAAACCAGGCUUUCAUCACCAGCUCUGGAAUCAGCUGCUCUGACUUAGAAGGCCUUAAUGCUUUGAUACAAGAAGGAGCAACAGAAGUAACUGUGGUUAGUGAUGGAGGCCAGAGUAUAACAGUGUCCACUUCAGCUCCCCCUCCUCCUAUCUUUUCUUCAUCCUCUCACACAGAAGCCCCCAAGCAGACCUAUUCUAUCAUUCAGAGUGGAGCUCACACAGCUUUGCUGUGUCCAGCAGACUCCAUACCAGAUUAGUCACAAAGUACUAUUACUAAACAAAUUUAAAUCUCAGAGGCAGUGCUGAAUUCAGCAGAAAUGCGUAAGAUAGAAGUGAAUGCAGGAUUUGUCCUGCGAAGCUAAAUACCUUCCACCUACCCAUUUUGCUUUCUGUACAGAGAAAUAUACAUCUUGUAUGUGAAAAAGAGGAUGUGUGUAUUUAUGUGCCUCUGAAGUCAGAGGCUCUGUUCUUUGUAAAGUCUGAGCAGCGAAGCAACUGGUGAGAAUUUCACCAAGCAGAAAGCUGCCUGGAAUAAUUCUUGUGUUGUGCUGGUUACAGUAACAAAGCCUCUCUCACUUCAUUAUAAAUGAUCUUCACAGUGGACUCAUUCUUUCAUGUACACACCAAAAAAUAGUAGUCCAAGCCAUUCUGAAGUUUUAAGUGAAGUCUGUUUCAAUUACAUGCUAUGUAUGCAUUAGGUGUACCUGGCUGAUUGUUGAUCUGUAACAAAUGUCUACUACUGGGUCUAAUGCAGCUUCAGAAAAAAUUAAGGGAUCUGUUCCUUAUUAUAUGUAGAAGUUGCUAGUACCUGGCAGUGAAUCAGGAAAUGCUAAUGCAGAAGACCAGGUGGCCAUUUUUAGAAAACAAAAGAAUCUUGUCUGUCCAUCAGUAACCGCUAACUUUGUUAGUAAGAACACUGUUGAAAUCAUGUAUCUGGCACAGUGAUGUCUGUCAGAGGCACCGGUGUUUUCAAGAGCAAAACAACUGCAAAUACAUUUUUUACAAACACUU